AUGGAGAAAUUAUUAAUUUGUACCCAGGUGACUUCCAAAAUGUCGGGACAGUCCAUAACAGCUGCACCAGAAACUGUAGACGAAAAACCAAAACCGAAAAAUGUAGAACGAAAACCAAAAUCAAAAUUUCGUCAUUGGCGUGGUUACAUGUCCGACCAAGUUUCAGAAUUUAUGAGCAAUAGCAGCAUCCAUGGGUUUAAAUAUCUCGUGGGAAAUGAAAGGACACUUUUUGAAAAAAUUAUGUGGUUUGGGGUUUUGCUCGGUUCGAUCUACAUGUGCUCGUUGUGGAUUAUAUCGGCCUAUCAGGCGUGGGAGGAAAAUCCAGCUUUUAUUGGGGUCGGUCAAGCUCCUGUGCGUGCCUGGGAAAUCCCGUUUCCGGCUAUUACCAUUUGUCCCCAAUAUACGUACAACAAGUACUCAGCCUAUAGAUUUCCCAACAUAGAAGAGUUACGACAGAACAUCACGACCCUUCUAGAUUUGUGCAUUUACUUUCAAGAAAAUAAUAAAUAUGAUAACAUAGAUUUUUUCGAAGGAGAACCAUGGGAAAAAUUUUUGACAGAGACAGCACUUUCACCCAACCAAUUUAUUUUAAAAUCGUUUCUGACUGACGGGACUGAUACGAUGGAUGUUGGUUUUUCAACCAUACUGAACAAAUGGGGAGUCUGCCAUUCCUUUAAUAUGCUGGACAAGGCAGACCUUUUUCGCAAUGCCACACACAUAUUUCAAAGUUUCGGGAAACAAAACCAGGUCUCUUAUUGGAGCUUCGAUCAAAAUUACUAUAAAAAAAAAGAAUCUGUGUACCCUCGACGCUUGAAAACUUUAAUAGAUAACUUAGUUGUCGAUUUAGAGUCUGAAUUGGAUUAUAUAGCGUGUUCGAGUUCUAAUAAAUAUUACAUUAACUUGCACCAUCCAGGCGAAAGUCCAACUCCGGGUGGUAUAAUCGCGGUCCAGUCAGGAAAAGACUACACCAUUUGGAUCAAACCUGAAAUUACCAUGGCUUCAGAACGACUAAGAUCAUAUUCCCCGUCCCGAAAAAAAUGCUUCUUUUCAGACGAGCGCUAUUUACAAUUUUACAAAAUUUACACAGAAGAAAAUUGUAAAUUAGAGUGUCUGGCUAACUACACUCUAACAGUCUGUGGGUGUGUCCCUGCACAUUUUCCGCACAACAAAACCACCAAACUUUGCGGAAGAAACCGCACCGGGUGUCGGCAAAAAUCAGAAAGAACCAUGGCUCGUUUCGAGUCUGGUUUGAACGAAGAUCCCGUCUGUAAUUGUCUGCCGUCUUGUAAUUCAAUAGUUUACACUUGGGAAGUCGAGACUAGAAAAUCUGAUAUUGUGCAUCGUAUCUCUGUUAAAGUGCAAUAUAAAAAUGCGAAAUUUAACGUACUGGAAAGAAAUGAGUUGUUCGGAGAUGUGAAUUUUUGGGCUAGCUGUGGUGGGAUUCUUGGAUUAUUUACAGGAUUUUCAGUUCUGUGUCUUGUUGAAACGAUUUAUUAUUUAUUUUUUCGGUUGAUGUACAAGCUGUUCAAAAUGUUAUGGAAGAAGCUGCAUCUUAAAGGGUGA